AUGAAAGAGAUGGCAGAUGAUGAUAAGGGAAACAAGAACGACAAGAACAAGAAAGCAGAUAAUCAGAAGGUGCCUUUUUACAAGCUGUUUACGUUUGCUGAUAGAUUGGAUAUCGUUUUGAUCAUAGUCGGGACGAUCGCGGCUAUUGCCAAUGGGCUGACGCAGCCUAUCAUGACGCUCAUAUUUGGACAACUGAUCAAUUCUUUCGGUGCCACCACUCCAUCCAACGUCGUGAAAGAAGUCUCAAAGAUUGCAGUCAAGUUUUUAUACUUGGGGAUAUAUGCCUGCAUUGCUUCACUUCUACAGGUAGUAUGUUGGAUGGUGACUGGGGAAAGACAGGCCACCCGGAUUCGUGGUUUGUACUUGAAAACAAUACUGAGGCAGGACAUUGGCUUCUUUGACACUGAAACAACGACUGGAGAAGUCAUCGGGAGGAUGUCAGGGGAUACUAUUCUUAUUCAAGAGGCAAUGGGCGAGAAGGUUGGGAAGUUCAUACAACUUGUAGCAACUUUUAUCGGUGGGUUUAUAAUUGCUUUUGCAAAAGGAUGGCAACUUGCUCUAUUACUAUCGGCAUGCAUCCCUCUUGUUGCAUUUGCUGGUGGAAUCAUGGCAAUGAUAAUGGCAAAAAUGUCAAGCAGAGGACAACUUGCUUAUGCAGAAGCUGGAAAUGUAGUAGAACAAACAAUUGGAGCCAUUAGAACUGUUGCAUCCUUUACCGGGGAGAAACAGGCGAUAGAAAAAUAUAACAGCAAGCUACAGGUCGCCUACACUGCCACCACUCAUCAAGGGCUGGUAUCAGGCGUAGGACUUGGUACAAUGUUGGUUGUUGUCUUUUCCUCUUAUGGACUCGCUGUAUGGUAUGGAUCCAAAUUGAUCGCAGACCACGGGUACAAUGGCGGACAAGUCAUCAAUGUUAUAAUAGCAAUCAUGACAGGAGGAAUGUCAUUGGGUCAGACAACUCCAAGUUUAAAUGCGUUUGCAUCAGGGCAAGCUGCAGCAUAUAAGAUGUUCGAGACAAUCCACCGGAAACCAACAAUUGAUGCUUAUGACACCAGUGGAAUAACAUUGGAAGAUAUCGAUGGUGAAAUUGAUCUCAAGGAUGUGUAUUUCAGGUAUCCUGCCAGACCGGAUGUGCAGAUAUUUUCUGGUUUCACAUUGCAUGUUCCAAGUGGCACAACUGCAGCUUUAGUUGGGCAGAGUGGGAGCGGGAAAUCAACAGUAGUUAGCCUUGUAGAGAGAUUCUAUGAUCCUGAUUCUGGUGAAGUACUCAUAGAUGGCGUUGAUUUGAAAAAGAUGCAGCUCAGAUGGAUAAGAGGAAAAAUUGGGCUAGUCAGUCAGGAACCGAUUCUGUUUGCAACUAGUAUUAGGGAAAACAUAGCAUAUGGAAAGGAAAAUGCAACUUAUGAAGAGAUUAGAACAGCAAUUGAACUUGCUAAUGCUGCCAAAUUCAUUGACAAGUUGCCCCAGGGGCUUGACACCAUGGUGGGUGAGCAUGGAACUCAACUUUCGGGUGGACAAAAGCAAAGAAUUGCAAUAGCAAGGGCCAUCUUAAAAAACCCAAGAAUCCUCCUCCUUGAUGAGGCUACAAGCGCUCUGGAUGCUGAGUCUGAACGAGUUGUUCAAGAAGCACUGGUAAAAGUGAUGUCAAAUAGGACAACUGUGGUGGUGGCACAUCGGUUGACAACAAUCAGGAAUGCUGACAUAAUAGCAGUGGUGCAUCAAGGGAAGCUUGUGGAGAAAGGAACGCAUGAGGAGUUGAUCAGAGAUCCAGAAGGGGCUUAUUCCCAGUUAGUUCGGCUGCAAGCGGGAGCUAAAGAGGCUGAAGAUGCUCGAGCCAAGGAUGUGGAAAAGUCAGAUGCAACUUCUGAGAUAGAUAAGGCGAUUACCAGGUCUGCAAGCCGGAGCUUGAGCUUGUCUUUGAGAAGGUCUAUAAGCAGAAAUUCAUCAAGUAGCCGACAUUCCUUCACAUAUAAUUUUGGUGUUCCUGGUCCUAUUAAUUUCUGUGAGACUGAAGAAGGAAGCGUAGAGCCAAGUUUAACAGAUGAAUUUUCUGUUCAAAGACGCAAAAAUGUUUCCAUUAGACGGCUGGCCUCUCUGAACAAGCCUGAGGUGCCAGCUAUAGUGAUUGGAUGCUUUGCUGCAGCUGUGCAUGGAGUAAUUUUUCCUUUGUUUGGUCUUUUUUUCUCAUCGGCCAUUAAAUCAUUCUUUGAGUCAACAAAGCAGCUCUUAAAAGAUGCCAGGCAGUGGGCACUUUGUUAUGUUGGAAUGGGUGUUGUUAUUCUAGUAGUUGGACCGGUGCAGAAUUAUUUAUUUGCAGUUGCAGGCGGGAAAUUGAUUCAAAGAAUUCGUUCCUUGACAUUUGAGAAGGUAGUCCACCAAGAAAUCAGUUGGUUUGAUGAUCCUGCGAAUUCAAGUGGUGCCGUUGGAGCAAGGUUGUCUACUGAUGCGUCUACAGUAAGAAAUCUUGUUGGUGAUACCUUGGCCCUGAUUGUACAAAACAUGUCUACUAUUGCAGCAGGAUUAAUCAUAGCAUUCUCAGCUAACUGGAGAUUAGCUCUGGCAAUCCUCGCAGUAUCACCAUUUAUGUUACUUCAAGGAUACCUUCAGAUGAAAUUUCUGAAAGGGUUCAGUGGUGAUGCAAAGUUGAUGUAUGAAGAAGCGAGCCAAGUAGCUAAUGAUGCUGUUGGAAGUAUCAGAACGGUUGCCUCUUUUUGUUCAGAACAGAAGGUGAUGGAUUUGUACGAAGAGAAAUGUAAAGGCCCCAUGAAACAGGGGGUCCGUCUCGGACUUGUGAGCGGUUUGGGAUUCGGUUUCUCUUUCUUUGCUCUAUAUUGCACAAAUGCCUUCUGUUUCUACAUUGGAGCUGUACUAGUGAAGCAUGGGAAAGCAACAUUCGGAGAAGUAUUCAAGGUUUUCUUUGCUUUGACAAUCUCAGCCAUUGGUGUUUCACAAACCAGUGCCUUGGCUCCUGACACCAAUAAAGCUAAGGAUUCAGCAGCUUCAAUAUUUGAAAUUCUUGACAGAAAGCCGGAAAUUGACUCAAGCAGCACUGCUGGCACUACACUACCCAGUGUAACAGGCAACAUUGAGUUGGAACAUGUCAGCUUCAGAUAUCCAACACGACCAGAUAUUCAAAUAUUCAAAGACAUGUGUUUGAGCAUACCUUCUGGAAAGACUGUUGCACUUGUUGGAGAGAGUGGAAGUGGGAAGUCAACUGUCAUCAGCCUCAUAGAAAGAUUUUAUGAUCCUAACUCUGGACGGGUAACAUUGGAUGGAAUGGAUCUCCGAAAGAUUAGACUAAGCUGGCUGAGGCAACAAAUGGGAUUAGUGAGUCAGGAGCCUAUACUCUUUAACGAGACCAUCCGAACCAACUUAGCCUAUGGCAAACAGGGAAAUGCCACCGAAGAAGAGAUCACGGCAGCAACAAAAGCAGCAAAUGCACACAAUUUUAUCAGCUCAUUGCCACAGGGAUAUGACACUUCAGUAGGGGAACGAGGAGUGCAGUUGUCUGGCGGGCAAAAGCAGCGAAUAGCCAUAGCAAGAGCCAUACUAAAGGACCCGAAAAUCCUUCUGCUCGAUGAGGCAACCAGCGCUCUAGACGCGGAAUCAGAGCGUGUGGUGCAGGAGGCAUUGGACAGAGUCAUGGUGAACAGAACAACCGUAGUUGUUGCUCACCGACUUACCACCAUAAAGGGUGCUGAUAUUAUUGCAGUAGUGAAAAAUGGAGUUGUCGCUGAGAAGGGAAGACACGAGGCACUGAUGAAGAUUACUGACGGGGCUUAUGCGUCCUUGGUGGCACUUCACAUGUCUGCUGCAUAACCAUUGGAAGAGCGUGUAGGAUAACUUUUCAGCUAAAACUCAAAACUCUGCAGAUGAAGAUUUUCAAACACAACUCCAAUCUCCUGUAAACGGAAUCAACGGGCCACAAGAUGGGACAUGUUGACGUUUGUUUUUGUACUCUUUUUCAAAUUUCGUUCUCCUCGUUUUCUUUGGACGACGUCACUGAAUAACUACAUCGUCAUGUGUAUAUCGUGUUGGUUAUGAGUUAAUGAGGAGAAAGAGGCAGAGAACCUUGAUAUUUUUAAAGAGCAUUUGAAAUUGUUAUUCACACAAUUCGGUAA